AUGGCAAGAGACUGCCCAAUGAAGAUUUUGCGACGUGUGGAGACUGAGAACAAGGAUAAGGAUAAGUCUUACGCGGAUGCUUUGAGUGGGUUCUCAGCCUCUGGGGACAAGGCAGUAGAGGAGCAGACUCCAGGGGCUGGGAAUCCUCAGGAGCCCGAGGUGAUGCCUGAUUUAGAAUCUUCCCCGAGACCCACCCCAACACGCCCGUGGGCCGAGGAAAUGGACAGUGAAUUAAGUAACUCUGAUAGUGAUAGCUUGAUUAUAGAUGUUCAGGAAGAUCAAAACUGGAAACAAAUUGUACGUUAUAAUGUUGUUAUUCAUGGUUAUUUUUUGUCAGUUUCGACUAGGUUGUUUGUCUAUGUUUUUUGGCAAGGUACCCCGAAUUUCACUCACUAUGCUUUACAAAGUAGUGAACUGUUUUAUAUGUGUGGACUCGUUUGUGUUCACAUCGCCUAUCAGUCGAGUGAUUUUUCACUCAUGUCUGUCACGCAGUCUGGGCGUUUAUGUUUGCUUCGGUGUUGUGUCAGUCCAGACACUAAUAUACGCACUGUUGAGCAGGCAAAAAUUUACGAAAAUCUUGGUGUUCUGGCUCUAGCUGCUCAACAGGGGUGGGGAUUAUUUUAUUUAAUCGUUUAUGUGUUGUGA